UGUGUGGUUCAGAGUUUGAAGUCUAAAACCUUUCACCUCAAUAUAUAAGUUGAAGUAUGUUAGCGCGACUGCAGAACAGACACACCUGCAUGACGCUUCCCUGCUACUGCACAGGAAUUCACAAUUCUCUCAUGGAUAAUUAAAAUUCUCAAGAUGUUUCUGAAGUAAUCACACUGUGAGAGCUGUAGACAUGGACAAUAUGAGACGAAGAGACUCACUAAUCUCCAACCCAAUGGAGUUUCAGCACAAAACCAGCAGUGCUGUUCGCCGCAGGUUCUCUGGGACGCUCCUGCUCCCGCCUUUGGCCCGCAGACACUCCACCUUUGAUGGGAAAAAGUUAAAGGACCUCGAAGCGCUGUAUAAAUCAGCCCUGGCCCAUGGGGAUGGCCAAAAAGAAGCAGAUUUCGAUGUGGAAAAUGGGUUGUCGAUCGGGCGCAGUCCGUUGGACCCCAGUCCAAGCUCGGGUCUGGUCCUCCAGGCCAACAGCCAGAGGCGAGAGUCUUUUCUUUACCGCUCGGACUCGGAUUUCGACCUCUCGCCCAAGACGAUGUCCAGAAACUCCUCGACCACCAGCGAGCUUCAUGGGGAGGACAUGAUUGUAACGCCAUUUGCUCAGGUUCUUGCCAGUCUGCGUACAGUGAGGGGUAACGUUGCAGCUUUAACCCACGUGCAAGAUCGAAGCAACAAUAGGAGACUGUCAGGCGCUAACCUUCAGUCUGCAUGUAAACCAAGCCUGUCUGAUGAGUCAUAUCAGAAACUCGCCGUCGAGACUCUCGAAGAGCUGGAUUGGUGUUUGGACCAGCUAGAGACCCUGCAAACACGUCACUCCGUCAGUGAAAUGGCCUCCAAUAAGUUUAAAAGAAUGCUCAAUAGGGAAUUAACUCAGCUGUCAGAGACCAGCCGGUCAGGAAACCAAGUGUCGGAGUUCAUAGCAAACACAAUUUUACAAAAACAGCAUGAUGUGGAGAUCUUGUCACCAGCAUCUAAAGAGGAAAAAAAACGCCGUCCGAUGUCUCAGAUAAGUGGAGUGAGAAAACUGAGCCCUAGUCCUAGUCUCCCUCCAACAUGCAUCCCUCGAUUUGGUGUCAACACACAACAUGAGAACCUCCUGGCCAAGGAGCUUGAGAACAUCAAUCGAUGGGGUAUAGAUAUUUUUAAGGUAGCAGAGCUUUCUGGGAAUCGACCACUGACAGUCAUAAUGUACACCAUUUUUCAGGAGCGAGAUUUGCUCAAGACAUUUAAGAUCCCAUCAGACACCUUUUUAACCUUCCUCAUGACUUUGGAAGAUCACUACCAUUCGGACGUGGCCUACCAUAACAAUAUCCACGCCGCAGAUGUUGUGCAGUCCACACAUAUUCUUCUCUCCACACCUGCACUAGAGGAUGUGUUCACAGACCUUGAGAUCAUGGCUGCUCUGUUUGCUAGUGCUAUUCAUGAUGUGGACCAUCCAGGCGUCUCUAACCAGUUCCUCAUUAACACAAACUCUGAGCUGGCUCUCAUGUAUAAUGACGCCUCAGUGCUGGAGAAUCAUCACUUGGCUGUCGGCUUCAAGCUUCUCCAGGAGGAGAACUGUGAUAUCUUCUGCAAUCUCAGCAAGAAACAACGACAGUCCCUGCGACAGAUGAGCAUAGAUAUGGUAUUAGCCACUGAUAUGUCCAAACACAUGAAUUUCCUGGCUGACCUGAAGACAAUGGUGGAAACUAAAAAAGUGACCAGUCUGGGAGUCUUGCUGCUGGAUAACUACUCAGACCGAAUACAGGUGCUUCAGAAUAUGGUUCACUGCGCAGACCUCAGCAACCCCACCAAACCGCUGGAGCUCUACAGACAGUGGACAAACCGCAUCAUGGUGGAGCUUUUCAGACAGGGGGACCGUGAGCGUGAGAAGGGCAUUGAAAUCAGCCCUAUGUGUGACAAACACACAGCUUCUGUGGAAAAAUCUCAGGUGGGAUUCAUCGAUUACAUUAUCCAUCCUCUAUGGGAGACAUGGGCUGAUCUGGUCCAUCCAGACGCUCAGGACAUUCUAGACACUUUAGAGGACAACCGCGAAUGGUACCAGAGCAUGAUCCCACGCAGCCCGUCGCCCACCCCCGAAGAGCAGGACUCACGGACUACGCUGGGCGUCGCAGGCUCAGCCGGAGAAAAGUUCCAGUUUGAGCUGACUCUGGAGGAGGAGGACGGAGAACUAGAGGCUGAAGAGGAGGACACGAAUACAAGGACUACGGCGCACCCCCGUGGCGUCUCGCCCAUUUUAGACAGCGGCGAAAGAGAACUGGACCAAGAAAUGACCAGCGUAUCCAUCCUGCAGUUGGAAACUUAAAAACUUGUGUUUCUUAGUUGCACUUAUGAAUAAUUCGGGGUUGAACAGAACAACCAUACGCUAAAAACUAAAAAUACAUCCAACCCAAGGUUGAUCUGACCAAAUAAGCCUGUGUUUUAAAGCUAUAUUUGUGUCCCAGACACAAAUAUUUUGCAAAAGGACUAAGGCCGAAGGUAUAGAUGAAUGUUUUUGUGGUCUCAAGUAAGAGUCGCAUGGAGAAACACGAGUCUUCCCUUGAGUGACUGUCCAUGCCAACGGCAAAGAAAAGUGGAUUUACGUGAACUUUUUUCACUCGACUCGACGAUAUUUAUUAUCUUGAACCUUUUUAAUAGUGGAUAACUUAAUGCUUUCACUUUUUUGCCAUUGAGAAAUAACUUAGUCGAAUGAAACGGGACAGUUGCGAGAAAUUUUUAAGGCAAGACACCACAGGUGAACACAGUAAAAACAUUAACUAAUAGAUCAUUCUUUGUAUUGCAAGGUUUUUAAAUCUUAUGUUAAAAUAUGUAAAUGAAGCAUUAUAUAAUUAAAUUAUGCACUAAUUCAUUUUCAUUUUCAUAGAAUUUGUCUUUGUAUCACUUCAUAAAUCAGAACAUUCUCUUAGCCAAAAAAUAAAUAAUCAAUAAAUCCAUAAAUACAUAAAUUCAACAUGUUUUUAGAAAUAAAAAGCGUAAAUAUAAACAAGGUGAAUAUAGACUGUAAAGCUUAGUGUAUAUAAAUGCAAUAUAAAAAUAUAAUAAAAAUGUCUAUUGUAAUUAAAAGUAGUAAAUAAAGACUUAAAUGUGUAUUUUGAAUGUUAUGGAGCCAAAAUGGGGGGGAAAAAAACAAAACAAAACAAAAAAAAAAACAAUGGUUUUGCUUGUAGUGUCUUGCCUUAACUAGUUAGCGGUAAGAUUGUGAUUGUGUUAACAACCUCAGGAUAAUGUUGAUUUUAUUUUAAUGUAGCAAGACUCCAAAGUGCAGUCACUAAACUAUCUGUUUAUGAUCUUGUUUUGAACAAAUAAAAAAAAAAAAAAAAAAAAAAAAAAAAAAGCCAAAA